AGGGUAUUGUUGAAGAUCUUGUGAUAUCAUUUGAAGGUGAAGGAGAGGUUCUUGCACCAGAAGCUGUUAUUGAAUAUAUGGAAAUACCUGAAAGUGUGGUAAAGGAGAUCACACUAAGACCAGAAAAUAAGAUGAAUCAGGAGACUAUGCCAGAGGAGCCAAACAUAUUUACAUUUGAAGACCUACAAAAUUCUAUUACACCACCUGAUGACCUGAUAAGCAACCAGAUCUUAUCCAAAGAAUCACAUACUAGCGAGUUAGCAUCCGUUUUGAAUGAGAUGAACUUGGUAAGCCUUAGAAAUGAACUGAACGAAGAAGAGCUGGUAGAACCUGAAAUGCGAAUAGUUGAAGACAUCGCUGCAGGACUAGAAAUUACACAGGUUAAGCCAGUUAUAGUAAACCAAGAAUUACCAGUAGAUGAAUCUGUGGUUGAACAAUUGGUGGAAUCAGAACUAGUACAAGAUAAAUCAGAAGAUUUUGAGUCUGAAGUGAUGCAGGCUAAAUAUGUAACAAGUGAUCCAGAAUCAAUGUUUGAUGAAUAUGUUGUCAACUCAGAUAUUGUGCAGGUAGAAGUUGAUCUGGCUGAACCAGACGUGAUAAAGGCAGAACCUGUUACUGAGUCUGUUAGUAGAGAAUCAGAAAUUGUACAUGAACCUCUUAUGUUAGAACCAGAUGUGAUGCAAAGAAAACUAGUUAUAUUACAACCAGAUACAGUGCAGGAUGCACAUGAUAAUGUAGAACUGAAUGUGAUGCAGGUUGAACCUUCAGUGACUGAACCAGAAUUGAUAUGGGUUAAGCCAGAUAUAGUUCAUGAAGUACAUGCAAAAGCAGAACUGCAAGGUGAACCUCUUAUGGGAGAGCCAGAUCAAUUGCAAGUUGAACCUUCUAUGGUAGAACCAGAACAAUUGCAGAUUAAACCUUUGAUAGAACUGGAACAACUGCAAGUUGAACUUUCUUUGGUAGAACCAGAACAGCUGCAAGUCAAACCUUCUAUGAUAGAACCAGAACAAUUGCAGGUUGAACCUUCUAUGGAAGGACCAGAACAAUUGCAGAUUAAACUAUUGAUAGAGCUGGAACACUUGCAGGUUGAACCUUCUAUGGUAAAACCAGAACAACUGCAGGUUGAGCCUUCAGUGGUAGAACUGCAACAAAUGCAAGUUGAACCUUCAAAUUUAGAACCAGAACAGGUUGAACCUUCUUUGGUAGAACCAGAGCAAUUGCAGGUUGAACCUUCUGUGGUAGAUCCAGAACAGUUGCAGACUAAGCCUUCUACGGUAGAACCAGAACAACUGCAGGUUGAACCUUCUAUGGCAGAGCCUGAACAACUGCAGGUGGAACAUUCGAUGGUAGAACCAGAACAACUGCAGGUUGAACCUUCUAUGGCAGAGCCAGAACAACUGCAGGUUGAACCUUCUAUGGCAGAGCCAGAACAACUGCAGGUUGAACCUUCUAUGGCAGAACCAGAACUGCAGGUUGAACCUUCUAUGGCAGAGCCAGAAGAACUGCAGGUUGAACCUGCUAUGGAAGAGCCAGAACAACUGCAGGUUGAACCUGCUAUGGAAGAGCCAGAACAACUGCAGGUUGAACCUGCUAUAGAAGAGCCAGAACAACUGCAGGUUGAACCUGCUAUGGCAGAGCCAGAACAACUGCAGGUGGAACUUUCUAUGGGAGAACCAGAACAACUGCAGGUUGAACCUUCUAUGGCAGAGCCAGAACAACUGCAGGUGGAACUUUCUAUGGUAGAGCCAGAGCUGCAGGUGGAACUUUUUAUGGGAGAACCAGAGCUGCAGGUUGAGCCAUCUAUGGUAGAGCCAGAAAUAUUGCAGGUGGAACUUUCUAUGGGAGAACCAGGACAAGUUGAACCUGUUAUGGUAGAACCAGGACUGCAUAUUGUGCCUGUCAUGGUAGAACCAGAACAGUUGCAGGUUGAACCUGUUAUGGUAGAACCAGAACUGCAGGUUGAGCCAUCUAUGGUAGAGCCAGAAAUAUUGCAGGUGGAACUUUCUAUGGGAGAACCAGAACAACAAGUUGAACCUGUUAUGGUAGAACCAGAAAUACAUAUUGAGCCUGUCAUGGUAGGAUCAGAAGAGUUGCAGAUUGAACCUGUUGUGGUAGAACCAGAACUGCAUAUUGAGCCUGUCAUGGUAGGAUCAGAAGAGUUGCAGAUUGAACCUGUUAUGGUAGAACCAGAACUGCAAAUCAAACCUGUUAUGGUAGAACCAGAACAGUUGCAGAUUGAACCUGUUAUGGUAGAACCAGAACUGCAGAUUGAACCUAUUAUGGUAGACCCAAAAUCACUAGAGGUUUCACCUGUUAUGGUAGAAUCAGAAGAGCAGCUUAAAGCUGUUAUUGUAGAAACAGAACACAUGCAGGUUGAACCUGUUUUAGUGGAAACAGAAAAACUGCAGUUUGAACAUGGUGUGGUAGAAUCGGAACAGCUGUGGGUUGGACCUGAUUUUGGAGAACCAGAAUUGCAGGUUGAACCUUAUAUGGUAAAAUCAGAAGUGGAUAUGGAGUCAGUUAUUGAAAUAGAAUCAGAAAUAGUACUUGAAGUAUAUACAAACCCAGAACUAAUUCAGGGUGAACCUGUGAAUCUUGAAGUACAUAGAGAUCCAGAACUAAUACAAGCUGAAAUGGCUGUGGUAGAAGUAGAACAAAGCUUAGUUGAAUCUGUGGUCAUGGAACCAGAAUUGGUUCAGAUAGAUCUUGGAUUGAUACCUAUGGAAUCAGAAGCAGUAGAUCUCAAAUCUCCAAGGCCAGAACAAGGAUUGGUUCAAGAUAAAAUGAUGGAAUUGGGGCCCAAAAUUAUACAGGUAGAAUCAUUAGUACAGCCAGAAGAAGCAAAAUGGAAAUUGACUGACACAGAAACCAACAUGACUCAGCUAGAAUCAGCAUUGAUAGAACCUGUAGUGGCAGAACCAGAACAAACAGAAGUGAAACAAGGAGAGAGAGAACCAGAACUAAUUACUGAUAUUAGGACUGUGACAGUCAAUCUGGAACAACCUAACAUGGAGACUGUGGUUUCAGAACCAACCGUAUCAAAGAUUGAUCCAAUAAGCAUAAGUAAACUGGAAGCUGGUGUAGAAACAGAAUCAGAAACAGAUUCCAUGGAAGCAAAAGAAGACAUACUCCAAAGGGUGGAACAUACAGAACCACUUUUAAUGGAAAUUGACCAAACCAAAAAAGACAUUGCAUCUUUGGAACUAGAAUUACCAAGAGAGAAGCCAGAACCAGCAGGAGCUUUAUCAGAACUGGAUGGUGAAGAAGACGAAUCAUUGAAGUCAGAGCUAGAAAGUGUUGAGGGAGAUGCAAGUGAAGAUACAGAUCUACCCCCUCCAGAAGGAAAAGGAUCUUCUAUGACCCUAAGGAAGGAUGUAGAGAAUUUGACUGUUGUUCCGAGAAGAGGCCCAGGUGACAUAUUGUUCUCUUGGCUAGAUGUAAAGUGAUGAGCAGUAUCCUCAGGAUUGUAGACCCCAUGUAUUGAUGCUUUUUUAAUAUCAGAAGCUCACGGUAAUUAUACACUCAUGUAUUUGAAAUACUAUUAGUACUUAUAUGUGCUUAUAUAUUUAUCUA